CUCAGAAUGCCUCGAAGCCGCUGGACGGCCCAGAACGUAGUUUGCCCAUGGUGAAGGCCAUCCGGCCCACCAAUCCGAAAGUGGCAGCGGCCAAGGCCACCAACGUACUGGGCAAAGGUCAUGUGGACAAUGCCAGCCGGCAGCAGGUGGUGGACGAACUCAUAGAUUGUCAGCUGGAAGACAACUUGAAGGACGUAGAUUUGGCCAAUGAUCCGUCCAAGUUCACUCUGCCAUGUUUGAUUGGCGCGCCCAUGAUUCGAUGCUCCCCAUGGGUUCUAGAGCCAGAGACGGGGAGCACAACCCUUUGGAGUAAGAAGG